AUGAACCAAGCAAGUAAUAUGUCUAUCAACUGCGAAUUUACCAAGUUUAUCAAAGCAACUUCAAAAACCUUCUCCCAGUUUCAGAACCUCUUCCAGAAAAAGAAGGUCGAGGUCACAAAAAUAAAACUUGAAGACUACACCCCUCCUGCAGAAUGUAUUUACUGCAACGGACGUAUUAUAGGAUGUGUUUGCGAUCUGGUUAGGAAGGUUGCCAAGAAUGAAGUCAUUCUCGAAUCUGCUGCUCUUUCCGCUUAUCUCAGAAAACUAGCAGGCCUUGAUUGCCCAACGGAUGGAAAAAAAGAAGCUGGAAUUGAGGUCGAUGUAUCUGAAAACCAUGACUGCACAUCCAAAAACCCAUGCAACAGUACAUUUUUUCCUGACACCUCAUCCGUAUAUUCUGAGCAUGUCACAAUGUCUGUAAAAGACUUAGACAAAACUCCAACACUUUCCAACACUAUCGACUGGGGUAUACCAAACCCAUAUAUUGACCCUGCCGCCGAAUCUUCAUUCAUUACCGUUCCUGCCGACUCUUCAUUUAUUCACAUUCCUACGGAAUUUUUAUCUGACGAACCUGCCAAAUCUUUACCUAUUGACCUUCCUGUCGUAUCAGCCUUUAUUGACAUCCCAAAAAUAAACCAAUCUACUAACGUUCUCAGAUUACCAACCACUUCAGACACUCAUACUCCAACAAACAAUGGACUAUCAAUAGCGCCUGGUAUUAUGAAUGAUACCAUCUUUAGCCCCCCAACUGAUGAUGAAUCAUCAAAUACUUCUGGUGCUAAUAACGAUAACAUUAUCACUCCCCCAACAUCUGAACUUCAUGACACAAAAGCUUUAGCUAUACCGGAGCAAGCAGCAACUCAAAAAAGGUCAAUAGCCAUUUCACCAUCGAUUGCGUGUCCUGGAUUGCCUGUGAAUAGUAAGAUUGUAUGUGAAGAUGGAUGUUUGGCCUCUCGUUUGGAUCCGAAAACUCAACUGAUUUAUGAGCGUCGCCUGUGGAAGGAAAUAAGGACAGCUGUAAUUGGUGAAUAUAAACAAUGUGAUGACAUUAUAAAAUGCAUAAGAGUUAGCUCUAAGGAUUUCCGGAGGAGGAAUGUCAGAAAGUUCAAAAGGAAGGUUGAAAACAAAACGAACAAAGUACUUCAAAAAAUAUUCAAACACUCUCCUCGUCUUACUGACGGCCCAUCUAAAGCCGAGUGUUCUAGUACCAUGAGCACAGCAGAUAAUAAAACCAGAACUGCCUCGACUGAACCAGAAGAUGUCGGGGAUAUUACUACUUGUUCGCAGAUCAUUGAACGUGACGAUGAAUUUGUUUUUGAAAAUCCAUCAGGUUAUACCUCCGCUAUAGUAAAGUAUUUUAAAGCCUUACAAAAGGAGAAGGAAACCUGGAGCAAUUACAGACAUGUUCUACAUGAACUGAGUAUGAAUGAUCAUUUGAUAGAGAAGAGUAUUCAUUCGGUCGGAGGCACGGGAGCGUUACCUCCAGAAUUGUACAAACAGAUAUAUGAUGUAACGACACGGCUAUACGGGAAAUUGGAGUUAAUCAACGGGUAUCAAAAAGUAGUACACCGCCAUAAGACCCAAAUUGGCGAGUGUAUACAGGCCGGGCGUCAUUUGAGGCAAGGCAUCAGGUCAGCAAAGGAUGCAACGUGCAGGCAACAAUGGGAGGCUGAAUACAGAGACCAUGAAAAGAGCGUUCUUGUAAAGUUCCAUACUGCGCUAAAAAGCCUCGUUGACGCAAACUCAGACUGUGACCACCAGCUUACCCUAGUUGAAGACAUUGCCAAAAAGAAAUCACGCAUAUACCUCAAAGUAAGGGAGCUAGAUUGUCGUCGACCCUUUCAAAUAACAAUGACUGAGAAGUUAGCAUGGUCAAACUGUCUGAUACAGAAGUGCUGA